CGCGGUAUGACGUGGUUGUGUGUUAUGUAACCUCAAGUCAUUGCCGCGUUUUCGAUCUUCGAAAGUAUUUGAAACUUUUAUUAAAAUCAGUGAUGUGUUUUUGUGUUGCCAUGACAUAGUUUUGUGUUGUUCUAUUGUGAUGUAACACCGACUGUGUGUGUUCAUUUGUGUUACAAAGUUUUGAGGUUGUGCAAACAGGCCUCUAAGCGGAUUACUUCUUACCCGGCAUUUUGUUUAAACAUUAAAACAAGUGAGUUGCUGACAUUUUCACAAUCUUCGUAAAGAAAUAAAACGCAAAUAAGAUUCAAAUCGCAGCGAGUCUUCAGCUAUAAAACGGCCAAUCAGUAGGAUGCGGCCGACCCUUUCUCUUCUGUGCGUUUGCUUCUACGCCGUAUUAUCAAGUGGAAAGCCGAGCGGAGACGACAGAAGAUGGCUUGUCUCCCUCGUGGAUUUGGUGGAAUUAGACUACCAGGACCACUGCGAUCAGAGAGCCAAGGCUACAUGGGAGGAACUGCUUGGUAGCAGUAAAGGUCUCCCACUCAAGUUGGAGCGAGACAAAGCUUAUGGGAUAUUUGCACGUAAGCAGAAGACGGAAGUAAAUGCAGCAUUCACCGCGCAUUCAAUGGGGGCCGACGAUGAUGUGCUGAGGCGUAGAGUGAAACUCCUUAUACAGCCGGGAGACACGCUGCUCGAUACAAAAGAGUGGAUACGUCUGGUAACAUUUGGCGACACGGCAUUAAAUAGACUGCGUUUUGCGACGGAUUAUGAUUGCGGAUACAAUACUACUUGCACUUUGAGAGAAUUACAAAACAACAUCGCAAGGCAACCAGACGAAGAGAUUUUACGUCGAAUGAAGCUAUCAUGGGAGAAUCAUCUACCAGAUAUCCAAGAUUACCUCGACAAUAUCCUGCCGCUACUGAAAAACGCUUCCAAAGAAAAUCAUUACAAUCUCAUUGAGGAGUAUUGGGACUCGCUGGUGGAGUAUGAAGGAGCUAUGUUGACCGCUCGUGAUAUCUGGCAGCAUGUUCAACCGCUGUACCUUAAGCUGCAUAAGUACGUUACUCUACGACUUCGAGGUGCUGAGGAAGUUGGCAAACCCCUGCCUGUACAUUUAUUCAGAUCUCUCACGGGAGAUGACUGGUCUAAUCUAAUCGAGAGUUUACUACCUAAAUAUCCCGAUAUAUAUCAGAAGGUCCACGCCAAUAUUCAACUAAAGGACAUUGGAGGGUUAAAUGCAUACAGAGAAGCAAAUAACUUGCUCAGCCAAUUGAAUUUAGGCGAAGUUCCCAAUGAUAUUUUGGAAGAAUCAGCUUUUAAUGGCACUUGUCCCCCAACAAUAGUAGACUGGUGCCAACCGAACAAACUGAGAUUUGCAUCUUGUAAAGAUGUCAGUAUUCAAAACUAUAUGGAUGCUCACGAGACAGCCACCAAAAUUAGAUUUAAAAUUACAACAGCUUUACACAGCAAUAACACUUAUAUUUUGAGGGAAGCUCCACGCUAUUCAGCUAUAUAUGAAGCGGUGCCAGGAUUUGUUUCUCUUCUGUCUUUAGACCCUCAUACACUUGAUAGAGCAGGGCUAUAUCCUCUAGAAAGGUUUAAUUUUAAUCGCAAUCAUCAUCGCCUGGUUUUGCAACUUAUUGUUGCAUUAAGAGAUUUGCCUAAACUAAAUUAUUAUUUGGCAGCAGACGAAUGGCGAAUAAAAAUCCUUAUGGGUGAAAUCCCUUUAUCAAAAGUAGAAGAUAGUUGGAGUGAGUUUAGGAAAAAUUUCUCUUUGAUAAUGCCAUCGAGUUCUGACAUUCUGGGCGACUCAAAUAUUUUGUUUAACAAACCAUACAUUGGAAAAUUUUUGGGUCUUAUAUUGAAAUAUCAAAUCUACCAGUCUUUCGCCGAAGAACUGAUAUCUGAUGAUUUAGAUUUAAUAACACACGUUUUCCAAAAUAAUCAACGUUUAAUUGAUGUCAUGAUGCAAGGUUUUGGUGUCUCGUGGCCUGAAAUGAUCAGCGAUUUAUUAGUUAAACGUGAAAAUGGACUGGAGUAUAAUGCUUUCACGGAUUACUUCAGACUAUUAGACGAAUAUUUAGAUAAUCAACUAGAUCCAGCAAGUGAACAUCAAAUUUUAGAUUAUAACGAACCUCCCCCCGAAGUUGAAAUACAAGAAAAUGAAAUUCCCGAAGAAACUAGUUUACCGAAAUCCCCGGAUGAAAAUGAGAGAGAAGAUAUCACAUCGAUAAAAAAUCAUGAUAGUAUAUUUGAUAAUAUCAUAGACACUGAUGAACAGUCCAACGCUAAAUAUGAAACAUCAACAGUAGGCGUGUUAGAAAUAAAGAAUCCAGUGGCAGUUGGGGACCAGAGCAAUGCUCUACAUCCCCAAGAAGCGUCAUACAACGUUUACUGGUGGAUUGGUGUUGCAGUAGCGCUCGCAGUUGUGGUAAUAUUAGUGGCAAUAAUUGCAAGGAAACGACAAAAUCACAGAAAACAGCUAGAAAAACAAAGGAGAAGACAGGCUGCCUGAUUUGAAGAAUAUCGGUUCUAAAAUGAGAACCGAUACUUUGUUUAGGACACUAGUGAAAUUGUGCCAAUACGAUAAAUGGGGUGUGUAGAGUACAAAUGUGUUGAUGGUUAAAUGUUUUAUACUAUAAUUUCAAUGUGUUUAAUAUGGUUUAGAUAUAAUUGGUGUAAAAAUGAAUUAUUUAUUCUUACUCUAUGGUGCUGUAUCUCUUAAUAGAUUCCAUUUUUACUGUUGCAUUUAUGUUUGUCUUUAUUUCGAUGUGUGUUUGUGAGUGUUUCUCUUGCGGUAUAAUAAAUAUUCUUAGAUAGUGAAGAUGAAAAAAAUAUUUUUGUACAUAUCACAAUUUGAAAAACAUAGUUUAAUGAAGGUUACCAAGUGUGUACGAUAGGUGUAAAUUCUAGUUAGAUGUAAUUUCGCCGUGCCUUAAGCGUUUCAAUUUCGUAUAAGUAAAGAAAUAUUAUAUAAAAGGAAACGAUCAAAUUUGUAACAAAUAAGGUAAUUUUAUAAAAAUCUAUUUACUCUGCCCUUAAAGACCAAACCAUUAUGUUUAUUUGUAUUUUAUCAGAUACCAUUAAUUUACUAACAUUUAUAUUGUUUUAAUAAGUAUAAAAUUAUUUAAAAAUUA